AUGUCGGGCUUCUGUGGGUGCUGCUACUGGAGCACCAACGCCUGGGCGUAUUUACCGCAGGUCUCCCUACAAGCCCAUGCGACGAUCCUGUCUUCUGCAGCCCGCACGACUCUCACCCAGACAUUCAUCAACCCCUCCGAAUCUCUCAUUAAAGAAGUAUCCUACACUUUCCCCCUUUAUGAUGGCGUAAGCGUCGUUGGAUUUCAGUGCCGCGUGGGAUCGCGCCUACUCCACAGUAAGGUCAAGACCAAGGAACAAGCUCAAUCUGAUUACCAAGAUGCUGUUGCAAAUCAGCAGACGGCGGCGAUCAUGGAUCAUUCCACCAGUCAGAAUGAUAUUUUCACCAUCCGCCUUGGUAAUGUUCCUGCAAAGGAGACUAUCACCAUUGAUAUCACCUUUGUUGGCGAGCUCAAGCAAGACUCGCAGAGCGAUGGAAUCCGCUACACGUUGCCAAACUCCAUUGCCCCCCGAUACGGAAACCUUGGUUUCAACGACUAUACCCACGGCUGCCCUACUGAAUAUGGCCUAUCUGCAGACCUCAAGGGCAUUUCCAUCACGGUUGAUGUCCUUAUGGAGAAGGACUCGGUCCUUCGGGAACUACAGUCCCCAAGUCAUUCCGUCAAAGUCUCUCUUGGUCGAAUGUCUUCCACACCUGCCGAUACCAAAUCAUUCGACCCAUCCAAAGCCUCUGCAACUCUGCGUCUCGUCAAGGGUGACCAUGUUCAGCUAGAACGUGACUUUGUUCUAGUCGUCAAGGCGGAUGGGCUCGAUAAUCCCCGUGCGUUGCUAGAAACCCAUUCCACUCUUCCAGAUCAGCGGGCUUUGAUGGCUACGUUGGUUCCCAAAUUCAGCCUUCCACCAGCUCAACCAGAAGUGGUCUUCGUCAUUGACAGAAGUGGAAGCAUGCAUGACAAAAUUCCUACCUUACAGCAAGCCCUUCGGAUAUUUUUAAAGUCCCUGCCGGUCGGUCUUUGUUUCAACAUUUGCUCGUUCGGAUCCAGCUUUUCCUUCCUUUGGCCAACCAGCAGAGUUUACGACGCAUCGAGUCUGGAAGAUGCCUUGAGCUUUGUAUCCACCCUUGGGGCCAACAUGGGCGGCACAGAGAUGCAGGCAGCUGUUGUUGCCACCGUGGAAAAUCGUCUGAAACACAAGGAUUUGGAAGUACUUCUACUCACUGAUGGCCAAAUUUUCAACCAACAGUAUCUAUUCGACUUCGUUCGCUCGUCCGCCGCCGACAACAACGCUCGCUUCUUUUCUCUUGCAAUCGGCGACGCUGCAUCCCAUUCGCUUGUCGAAGGCAUUGCGCGUGCUGGCAAUGGAUUCUCCCAGUCCGUUAUUGAGUACGAGGAGCUGGAUCGGAAGGUGGUAAGAAUGCUCAAGGGCGCCCUCACUCCACACAUCUUUGACUACACACUCGAGGUGCAAUAUGAUGGUAAGGCCGAUGACGACUUUGAAGUUGUGGAUUCCGACGUGCCCACGUCGGACUCGGGGGCCGAAGCUGCACCUGAAACCCCUGCCACGUCUCAGCAGACUCCCACGCAACAGCCUAUCUCCUUAUUCGAUGCCAACCUUGAAGGAUCGGACGCAGAAUUUGGAUCCCGUCAACAGGCAGAUGACAAGAACCUUCCUAAUAUUCGUCCCCCUCGGGCUCUGCAGGCACCUUACAAAAUUCCACCUCUUUACCCAUUCAUCAGGACCACAGUCUACCUUCUGCUGGAUCCACGAUCUGCACAUCGCAGUCCACAGUCGCUCAUAUUCCGUGCUACCUCCAAGCUGGGGCCUCUGGAGUUGCAAAUCCCCAUUAGUGACUCCGGCACAGGGGAGACGAUUCAUCAACUCGCUUCCCGCAAAGCAGUGAUUGAGUUAGAGGAAAAUCACGGCUGGCUUCAAGAUACUCGUGAUGAGUCGGGGAACCCGUUCCAGCAAUUUCACUUAGGUACACAGCAGCGUCUCGCGGCUCGCGAGUGUCAGAGACUUGGAGUCAAAUACCAGGUCACUGGCAAGUACUGUUCUUUUGUUGCUCUGGAAGAGGAUGAUUCCUCCAACCCCGAAAAGAGCCCGCCCUCGAAGGAGACUGAGCCACGGGCAGUGCCACUCGUUCAGGUAGUCCAAACCUCCCACCACUCAUCUGGGCCAUUUUCUGGUCGCAUACCAGCUCCAAUGCAUGGCGGCAACUACGCUUACUUAUCGUACAGCUCUGGGGGGCCACAGAGAAAUUUUGCCGCGAGAGCAAUGCCAGGCGCAUUUGCAAGCAUGCGGCCAAGAUUUCGGAAUCCUCAGCCGGUACACAUGGGGGCCUUUGGAUCUGGACAGGCAGCCAACUCAACAGCUCGAGCACGUCAAAAUACUUCAUCUGGAGCUAGCACUAUGAACCUCGGACCCAACUCGUCAGCACCCCUAUUCUGUGCCCAAUCGCCGCCGCCGCCGCCGCCGCCGCCCCCAUCAGCGUCAGGAGCAGCUCUCUUUGGAGGACAGGACCGCGCCCCCAUACAACUACAACAAAAUGUUUCAGCGCUAUCUUCGCCAAAGCCUUUCUUUGGAGGAGCUCCCCAUCCUCCUCCGGCAAGAAGAAGUCUGUUUGAAGGAUUUGGUCAAGCCCAAAAUCCAGCCCAGUCGAGUGCCUUUGGAGCACCAUCUGGAUCGCUUUUUGGCUCCCGGACUCCAUACGCAACGGGUGGCUCACUAUUUGGAAGUCCUCCUCCUGCGGCGCCGUCUUCCAUGCCAAUCUCAAAGGCAUCUCUUGUUGCUCGGCAGGAGGGGAACACUGCGGACUCGGCACUCUUCGCAAACACCUCGAAGGUACAUACCCUUGUGGCAUUGCAAACUUUUGAAGGAAACUGGGAAUGGAAGCAGGAUUUGUUUGAUGUCCUCGGAUCCAAUAUGGCAGACACUCAAGCAAAGGUACUCCGCUUGCUUCAGGCCGAGAACCUUAACACAGAAGUUGCAAAUGUUGCCGCUACUCUCCUGGCACUUGGAUUCCUUGUGAAUAAGAACGCGGAGUUGAAGGCUAUUUGGGAGCUGGUUCACGGUAAGGCAGAAGCCUGGAUUUUUCACAAAUUGCCUCAAAUCGGUGCCAUUGGCGAGGUCAUCGCAACCCAUAAGAACGAUAUCAUGGCCCUGGUCUGA